CGUGACUGAUGGAGCGAGCGGGUUCAUUCAGCACUGAGAGCCACCGCGGCGGCAUGUGGCCUCGCCUCGCCCCACACAACUCUCACAGCUAACGCGACGAACUGGAAACUCAGGGGAAAAAGACCUUUCUACGCUAAAAACUACAAUGAGCCGAGUGGAGGAGCUUUGUUUCGAAGCUCGCAGAAUGGAGCUGCAGGAGGAGGAGGAGGAGGAGGAGGAGGACUUCUACCCGUACGAGUUCGACGCCGAGGAGGAGCUGCCUGCUUACCGGGACGGAGACGAGCUUUUAGCCGCUCUGCGACGCAAAGAAGAAGAGGUUCUCCUCGCUGCUCAGCUGGGAAAAGCCCUGCUGCUGGAGAACCGUCAGCUGAAGGAGGAGAGAGUGAAGCUCCAUGAGCAGUACACGGACCAGGUGGAGGAGCUGGAGCAGGCCAGGCACGAGCUGCGGCUGAAGCUGCAGGGCUGCCAGGUUCAGUGGGAGAGCCAGGUGGCGGAGCUGGAGCGGGACGUCCUGGAGCUGAGGGCUCAGGUGGAGGAGCUGACGCAGGCGCUGAGUGAGGUGGAGAGAGAGAAGAGCCGAAACCAGCAGCAGCACAUAGAGAUCAGCCAACAGCUCAGAGAACAGCUGCACACAGCUAUGGAGGUGGAGCGGACGGUCACGGCUGAGCUCCAGAGCCUGAAACUGGAGCUGAGAGAACGAGGCCAUCCCAGACCACAGGACGAGGAGCUGCUCAGUGCUCUCAGAGAACAGGUUGCACGGCUAACGCAGCGGGAGCAGGCUCUGUCUCAGCGCUUGGAGACGGCGUGCGAGGAGAACGCGGAGCUGAAAGACAAGGUGUCCUCGCUACACACACACCUCGGCCUGCAGGAGCAGCAGAGUCAAACACAGACCCAGCAGCUGACGGAGGCAUGGCAGGAGGUGGAGGCUGCACGGGGCAGAGUGCAGGAGCUCCAGGCUCAGCUUGAGGAGAUGCAGGAGGAGGUGUCCCUACAGCGCAGCGGCCACGGGGAAGCAUCCCUCCUGUCCGAAAUGGAGCACAGUCUAGACGCAAUGGGCUGGAGCCAAGACAAGGAGCAGGUCACACAGGAGGUGACCUCAAUCCUGGACAUGCUGCUUCCCGUGGCCUGCGGCUCAGAGGCUCUCCGCGAUGAAGACGGCAUCCUGCAAAGCAUGCUGGGACAACUGAAAAGUGUGGCGGAAAGGAUAGCACAUAGUCAGACACUACAGGAGCUGAAGCAGCCCAUUGUGGAAGUAGGGAGUGUCCAGUGUGAGAAGACGGCCUUGCUACAGGAGCUGCGUGAUCAGAAUGCCCGGCUCCUAGAAGAGAAUGCUGAACUCAGACUCAAAGCAGACAGUAGGCUGGACGAAGAGAUUGUCCAGCGGGCUAUAAAGGACAGAGAUGACGCUAUUGCUAAGAAAACAGCAGUGGAGGCAGAACUCGUGCGCAGUAAGAAUGACAUAAUGUGCCUGAACAACCAGCUGCUAGAGGCCAUCCAGCGCAAACUGGAGCUGUCUCAGGAACUGGAGGCCUGGCAGGACGACAUCCAGAUAAUCAUCAACCAGCAGCUGAAGAGCCAGCACCAGACAGAGCAGCAGUCAGACCGGAAGCGGUCUGGAGCAGGCCGUCUGUCUUUCCUACGCAAAUCCAGGAAGCCCUCAGCCUCGCCGUCCUGCACGCCAGAGAUCAGCCCAGCGCCCAACCAGUCUCCCUGGAGAGACUGGCUCAAACUGAGCAAAUAAACCCACCGGUGUUAUCACUGGGAAAGGACACGCGUCCGCCGUCCAGCCAACUGUGAAGGACGGAGAAGUCCAGCAUCAACUGCUGGCCACGUCUCUGAUACCCAAAGGUUUGGGCGCUCGAGCAGAGAUAAAGGAAAGCCAUAGAGAAGGCCACUGUGCUUCUAAGGCCCGGAAACACUAGAGUCAUAUAAAGCCUUCAUGGACACCUUUAGAUAAAGUGCCCAGUUAUCUAGAACCGCCAAGCUGAGACGGACUACCACAUCCUGAUUCCAACAAAAAACACUUAAAGCUAUUUAUUCCAGUGUUCCACUGCUGACUUGUUGAAACACAAGCGAAAACGUGUGAUAGAGCUUCUAGAUAUUAACUAGAACAGUUAUCUUUCCGAAGAGAAAGGAUUCAGAAAAGCAGCAAAUGUACAUGAGGACAUGAGAACAAAAGAGGUUUGGCUACAUCAGUUGACUGUCUGCAGAAUUCUGAGAAAGUCCUGCCUCCCUUAGUUACUGUCACUACGUCCGUCAAACUUCGAGUUCACCUACCUAACUGGUAGAGGCUGUGGCACGUGAGCUAACAAACUAAAAAGUUCUGCAGUAAAACAUUAGAAGCUCACAGAGGAGAACAUUUGGACAUUUUUCAUGCAGAAAUAAACUGGCCUUAAAAGAUCUGCAGUGCAGACAAAUGUGUUGGAGAAAGUAUGAAUGUAGGCCAGUUAAAUGAACAAAAUUCUGGAAAACACGUUUACAUUAAUGAAAGCAGGGAAGCUGUUUAGUUGCGGAAAGUUCUCCGUAAUAAGUGUCACGAUUGGCCCCUCCCAGUCCUGUCCAUGUGUUCGUGUUGUUACAAUAAGGAGGAGGUUGGAACGACGGAGGCUGUCCCUUCAGAUGAGCUAAUGCUAAAGCUAACACUGAAGCCUCGCCAUCUUUUACAUGAGAUCUUUCGCCAAACUUUGAUGAAACAUCUUAAAAUAAGGUGGAGUUUUGUAGAGGUAUACUUUCAUAUCGAUUUCACCCAUAAAGAAAUAGUCUGUCUCCUCAGUUAUUAGUAUAAGAAAAGGUUGAAACGGCUGUGCAAGAAACUGUGUUUAUUUAGAAUAAAGAGCCAGACGGACUCGGAGGAAAUUGUCUGUUUUGUUGAAGGAGAAUAGUGGUUGUUGCCACUAUAGCAACCGUGGCCACAACGUGUUAUGGCAGCCCCCUACAAUUCCCUACAAUUCCCUACAAUUCCCUUACUUUAUCCACAAACAUCCCAAGUUUAUUCUUGUAACUUUACAACUUUAUUCUUUAUUCUCUAAAUAUUACGACUUUAUUCUCAAAAUGUCGUACCAUGUGACUUCAUCUUGAAAUAUUACGACUUUAUUCUCUAAAUAUUACGACUUGAUUCUCAAAAUGUCGUACUGUAUGACUUUUUAUCUCAAAAUAUUAUUUUAUUCUCAAAAUGUCGUACUGUAUGACUUUUUAUCUCGAAAUAUUACUUUAUUCUCAAAAUGUCGUACUGUAUGACUUUUUAUCUCGAAAUAUUACUUUAUUCUCAAAAUGUCGUACUGUAUGACUUUUUAUCUCGAAAUAUUCCGACUUUAUUCUCAGAAUGUCGUACCAUGUGACUUCAUCUUGAAAUAUUACGACUUUAUUCUCUAAAUAUUACGACAUUCUCAAAAUGUCAUACUGUAUGACUUAUCUCAAAAUAUUAAGACUUUAUUCUCGGAAGUAUUUUUUUACAGUGGCCCUAAAACGGCAUCAUAAAUGUGUGCUUUGUACAGUUCUGUUCAAUUGAACAACAUUAUCACGCUAACUGUCAGCAGCUAAGCUAAGAAAAGCUAACUAGCUAGCUAACUGAUCCGAACAUCCUUCUGUAACUUUAUUCAUUGUUAGAGAUUGUAUUAAAAUGAUUUUUAAUAAAUACAGUAGCCCAGAUAAAGUUUAUCUAAACUUAGUCUGUUAAUAAUCAUUGAGCUUUACUUUGGUCAAAAAUGAAAUAAAAACAGCUCUGACCUCCAGAUGACCAGGAUAGCAAGAAUCGGGCAUUAUACACUCCUCAUUAACAUCCUUCACCAUUUCUUGCUCUAAUAUUUCUGAUUAAUUGACUGCUGCUGCCACUCUCACUGCAGGUUUGUUCUGAAGAGAUUUUCCAACAUUUUUCCUUCACUUGAUGGAGGAAGGAACGUUUAGAGAUGAUUGGGACUGACUUCAGAGGCGUGUCAAUCAUUAUUUUGCAAAUGGUCAAUUAUAAGGCCAAUAUUUUUUUUUCCCGCCUUUGUAAAUAGAUCAAAAUGUUCCUGCAAAAAUAACUCAAAUUGAGUUGAGAAAAACACUAGAUUCAUUUAGACAUUUAUCAUUUAGAUGUUAAGGACUGUUAAAUUCCUGCAUGUAUUUAUGUGGCAAGUUGUAUUUUUUAUAGUUUGUUUCAACGCAUUUUACGUCACAGUGACACUGCUUUUCACAUAUGUAGCUAAAUGUGGUUCAUUUAGAAAAACACUGAUUCAUUUCACACCAAUCGGCCAGAAAAAGGAGCUGGGAUGUUACCAUUUGCCAAAGGUUCGUUUAGCAGUUAGGACCACUUUUGGUUCCUUAAAGAACCAGUGUGUGGAAAAUCUAAAGGUGAGUCCAUGUUCGACAUUGUUCUUGUAUUUUCGAAUUCUUAGAAUUAAACAGCCUAUUUUUCUUAAUGUGCCCUCAAGACCAGUAUAUGUAAAUGAGCUCUGUUCUGAUUAGCUGACCUGCAUUGUGCCUCGUUCAAAAUAGAUUCAGAGCUGAAACACUCCUUAUAGCUUCAGUAUGAGUGGGCAGGGCUUAACUGCUAUAGGCUGAAAAGGGGAUGUAUAUGUUGGUUUAAAACUAGGACAGUUGAACUCUUUUCCAUUCUUUAUACAUUAUAAAGUUUCUGUGCCAAUUUAUGGGUUUUUCUAGAACCUUUAGGUCAUGUGGAGGUUCUUCACGCUCACGUUUGCAGAAGCGGUUUCUCCUUUGAAAGGUUCUUCAGAGAACUAAAAAUGGAUAUUCUAUGGCAUUGUGCAAAGAUGAACAAGGCUGGGUAUCAUUUGACAUUUUUCGAUAUAAUGAUUUCAGGACUGAUUCCAGAACAAACCUUUUUCGGUACCUCUUUUUGUGUGUUUACUGACCACAAGAGAUUCCAGACUAAUCAAAAGUCUCUGACAUGAAUCACUUGCAUACAGAAUGUCAUUUGGACAGCCAAUCAGCUGCAUAGAUUUUGGAACAAGCAUGCUUAUUGGCUCAUGGGUGCCAUAUAGACCGACUUCUUAGGUAUCUAAAUUUGGAUAUUAGAUAAAAUGGAUUUUGUGCUCGAUGAUAUUGGAGUCAUAUUAUGAAAGUAUUGAAUUUUCAUACCCAGCUGUUCUCCGUAAUCCAUGACGUUCUCCAUUGUGCUACUCAGGUUCCCAGUCUAGUCCUCCAGUCAGUCCACAUUUGUAUUAUUUCCCAGUUUUUGCCACCCAAAAUAAACCUCACUAAAGUUAAGAGGCUGAAAAGAACACAAAUGUAGAUCAUCUAAACGUCCUCUGAGGCAGAAAUGGACAUUCUGUACCAGAAGAAACUGCAGUGUCAUUGCUUUUGUUUCCUUUGUCUGCCAGAAAAAUGACUGAAGCCCUAUAAUGUUUCUAAUUUAUUUAGUACUUGUUAUUACAUUACUAAGCAGUAUAUUUUGUAUCUGUAUAUUAAUCAAUAUGAUUGUAAAUGCUUGUUUUUGUAUUCACUACUGAAAAAAAAUGCA